GUCCACGCUCUCCAGUCCCCAGCAAUUGAAAACCCAACACAGCCAGCUUCCCAUUCCAGGUAACAAUUUCUCAGUUUUCAGAACUCCCCAUUUUCUGGCCAAGUGUGUUAAUUUCUGCUUAAUAUUUGUUCCCAAUUCGAGUUUUUGAUUAUAAACAUGUAUAUGAAAGAUGGGUGCUCCUUAUUAUUGAAAAUUCAAAAACCCUCAAUUCCAUUUCUUCUUAACAAAAGAAAUCCAAUUCCUGAUCCUAAACCUUACCUUGAAACCAACAAAAACAAUUUCAAUGAAUAUACAGUAGUUAAGAAUUUGAGAAAAGAAUAUGAUAUUAGCUUAGCUUUGAGCUAUUUUAAGCAUAUUUCCAAUUCAAAUUCUUUCAAACACACCCCUGAAACUUAUAGAAUCAUGGUUCAAAAGCUUGGGAAACAUGGGGAUUUAGAUGGGGUUCAGUAUUUGUUGCAACAGAUGAAAUUAGAGGGUGUUAAUUGUUCUGAGGAGUUGUUUAUUGAUUUGAUUAGUUAUUAUAAGGAUAUGGGUUUAGCUGAGCAGGCCUUGAAAAUGUUUUAUAGGAUUCGAGAUUUAGAUUGUAAGCCGACGGUUAAGAUUUAUAAUCAUUUGUUGGAUGCUUUGCUUGCUGAGAAUAGGUUUAAGAUGAUUAAUCCCCUGUAUAGUAAUAUGAAGAAAGAUGGGGUUGAACCUAAUGUGUUUACUUAUAAUGUGCUUUUGAAAGCAUUGUGUAAAAAUGGUCAUGUAGAUGGUGCACGUAAACUCCUUAAGGAAAUGUCUAAUAAGGGUUGUGCCCCCGAUGAUGUGAGCUAUACAACAAUUGUAUCAUCCCUUUGUAAGGGUGGGAAGGUCCAGGAAGCUAAGGAAAUUGCUGAGUCUUUUGGUGCGGUUGUACCGGUUUAUAAUGCUUUGAUUAGUGGGUAUUGUCGAGAUUGCAACUUUGUGGAGGCAUUUGCUUUGUUGAAUGAAAUGGCUGAAAAAAGUGUUGAUGCGAAUGAGAUAACAUAUACAAUAGUAAUUAAUGCUCUAUGUGAUGCUGGGAUGGUUGAGUUGUCUAUGGCUAUUUUAGGGAAGAUGUUUUUCAGAGGAUGUGAACCAAAUAUUUAUACAUUUUCUUCAUUAAUCAAGGGUUUUGUCUCUAGAGGUAGACUGAAUGAAGGGUGUGAUGUGUGGAAUCGGAUGGUAAGGGUGGGAGUUAUGCCCAAUACAGUUGCUUAUAACACUUUGAUACACGGUCUUUGCUCAAAUAGUUCCAUGGCUGAAGCCGUAGCACUUCUCCAUGAAAUGGAAAAAAGACAUCGUAUACCAAAUGUGACAACCUACAGUACCCUUAUAGAUGGUUUCGCAAAGUCCAAGGAUUUGAUAGGUGCAUCUGAAAUAUGGAAUCGGAUGAUAAGAAGUGGUUGUCAACCCAAUGUUGUCGCAUAUACAUGCAUGGUGGAUGCCCUUUGUCGAGUUGAAAUGUUUGAUCAGGCUCAAGAUCUCAUUGAGUGUAUGAUGCAGGAAAAGUGCACCCCUAAUACUUUAACAUUUGACACAUUUAUAACAGGACUAUGCCAUGGUGGACGAGUUGAUUGGGCUUUAAAGGUUUUUACUUCAAUGGGAAGGUAUGGUUGUUUACCUGACACAACUACAUUCAAUGAGCUUUUGGAUGGCCUUUUUAAAUCAAACUGUUUGGAAGAGGCUUUUGGGCUAUUUAGGGAGAUGGAAAAACUGGAGAUCAAGUGGAAUCUAACAACUUGCAAUACGACUAUACAUGGUCUUUGUCAACUGGGUAGGUUUAAAGAAGCGCUGGUGGUGGUAGGAAGAAUGUUGAGAAAGGGAAAUAAACCUGACAAAAUUACUUUCAACACCCUAAUUAAUGCCUACUGUCAGCAUGGUGACAUCAACAGAGCCAUUCAACUAAUGGAUGUAAUGAAGGCAGGAGAAUGGCGCCCAGACUUGGUUUCUUAUACUUGUCUUGUAUGUGGCUAUUGUAAAUGGAAUGAUACAGAUAAUGCUACAGUUUUGCUUCAAAGGGUGAUGGAUGAAGGAUUUGCUCCAAAUAUUGCCUCAUGGGAGGAUUUAGUUCGAACAUUAUUCAGCAAAUAUGACAUUUUCUACCAAGAAUCAAUAAAUAAACUGGAUAUGGUAGCAGGACUUUCACACAGAAGUUCUGUGCACUAAUUCCUUCUGUGCUAAGGUAUAUUGGGUUGAGGAUCACUACCUUGGCUUUUUUACUAUGACAAUGGGAAAAUAUUCUAGCAACCUAAUCCUUUUAGGGAAUGAUAUACAUCCUAUAGCUCUAAGUUUGUAACAGAGUUUUUAGUUUUUGUGUACAUAGAAAAUGCCCUACUGUACUGUGAUAAUCUUGCAGCCCUUUCCUCUCAAAACAAAUUACAUACAUUCUGUGGAAAUUAAGACUGUCAAGGGAUGACUCUUAGAGUUAAUCUUGCCAUCUGAACCAAAUCCCGGGUAUUGCUGUUGGUUCUAGCUGGUGCAUUCAGAUAAUUUGGAGCAGCUUAGAAGGUAGGAAAUAUCAUGUGAAGAGAAACAACAGCUGUCCGCAAUUUUAAAUACUGAAGAUUGAAACAUGACUGUCCAUUACAACUUACAGCCUUACAGGGUAUGAAUUGUUAUCCUAGAAGCAUUAAUUUCUAUUAAAUCUUGUCUACCUAAAUAUGAGCUAUCCUUAGUGAGUUGGAUAACUAAUACAAGUGCUUGUUUUCUGGAAUUUUAUUUUUAAAGCACUCCGUAGGACAUAUUUUCAUUUAGAGUACACUGGUCAAAGUUUUGAUAUUCAUAAUUAGACAGGUGAAUUAUUGUGUCA